GCUCCCUUCUCUCUCUCUUUGGGACACACUUGUGCCUCUCUCUCUCUCACUUUCUCACUCUCAAUCUUUGUUCUUGGGUGCUUACACAGGGAUUCGAAGCGACGAGUGCUUCUUCCUCGACUCCGGCCAACACCACCACCCCGUCCGCAGCCCGUCAGCAUGUAUGUGAGUGACUAGGCAGAAGGUCGAGACCAAGGCUACCAAGAGAAACAACAUCAACACUUCAACCAAGACAAUUCUAGAGCCAAGUUGCCAAACAGCAAAGCGCCCCUCCAUCCGUAGCCAGAGGCCUCUCAAUCAGACAUGCAAGGGGGGCAAUUCCCCGAAUCGUCGUAUAGCGUAGCAGAGAAGUUCGCAGACGAGACGGUGAAGCUGCAACGUAUUCACAGGCAGAGGGCGCACAGUCGUGGAAACCUGGAGGAGGAUGUGUUUGGUGGAUACGUUAGAUCUUAUGGCUUCAACUAUGUCCAGGAUAGUAAUAUAGCUCAAGGCAUGAUGUGGAUCGGCUUUUCUGGUGGGAGAUGGUCACCACUUCCUGUCACAGUGGUCCUCUUAGGAGCGACACGCGAAGAUGGAAAGAUUGGGCAAAGAAUCGUUGAGAAAACCGCGAAACUUUCUGAAUCAUCAGAUUUGGUGCUAGAUGCUUAUUUUAGCACUUACUGCAAACAACUCGGGCGGUACGUAGUGGUGUACGAGCAAUUCGAUGGCCCCUUUUUCGAAGGCAACACACCGCAAGACAUUGCUGGGAAUUUCUUUGGGGAUUUGUUAAGGUACCGGCUGAAUCCAUUCUGGGUAGAGAAGAUAAGGUCAUUGAUGGAUCUUCUUGAGCAUGGGAGAGCUAGAUCCGUGACACAUGGUGGUCUUGCCGAUCCGGGAAGCUAUGUGCUUUCUGGACAAACCGUGAAGCUUAUAAACGUGGGGCGAGAAGUUGCUGGUCACGUUGUCUUGAAAGAUCUGAUGGAUCUCAGACGCUUCAUAAAAAUGGACAACUAUUUCAAUGGUAAUGCCAGUGCAGAGUGGCUCACUCUUGACAUGCUUCUCGGAUCUCACCUUGUGACCCGCUUUAAUCCUGGCUGGAAGAACGUUGUCGUGGGACACCCAAUGUUAUUGGGAUCGGAUGUGGAUAUAAUCGCAGCUUUUGAUGGGGUGUACACAUCUAUGGGAAAACUGAGUUCGAUAAAAGCAACUAGGUUGGCCAACCUGUUGUACAGAAAGUUUCCUGGUUUCUACGACGAGCGGUCGAUACGGAAUCCUCGAGGACCUAAUGACCAUCACAAUAAUCUCAGGUCCAGUUUCCCACCAAAUUCCGUUGUCUUCGAUGGUCUCUUCGAAUAUACCUAUCAGGGCGAUCCACAAUUGUAUGGGGGUGAUAAAAUUUAUCUAGAAAUCAUUAGACUCGCGAGGAAUUGCAUACACCAUGCAAAAGAUUAUGAUGAGAUAUUGAUAGACCCUGAAGAAAUGCUUAUGUUUAUGAGAGCUAAUUUUAACAAUUACAUCAGUACGACAUACUCUUUGCUGCACAUGGUGGAUGAUCCCGGGAGAAUUGAUGGCCCAUACGAAUGCGACGACAAGAAAAAACCAAGUACAUCCACCAUGGGGGAUUAUUUUUCCGUUGCCUUCUCCAAGGCCAAACAGUCCAAGAAGGGGAGAGGCCGAAUAGGAGGUUGAACAUUCAUCAUCACGAUCCAGCUGCAGAGGGAACUGAAUGGUUGAUACCGAGGAAACUGCAUGUUUACUUUUCUUCAAAGUUGGUGACUCGUGCCUGGGUCCUAGACCAACAGAACAUCUGCAUGUUUUUAAUUUUCUUCAAAGUUGGUGACUCGUGCCUGGGUCCUAGACCAACAGAACAUCCGCAUGUUUUUUCUUUUCUUCAAAGUUGGUGACUCGUGCCUGGGUACUAGACCAACAGAACAUCUGCAUGUUUACUUUUCUUCAAAGUUGGUGACUCGUGCCUGGGUCCUAGACCAACAGAACAGUUUGUUUUUUAGUUCGCAUCCCACUGUAACCACAACCUGUAACACCGAUGCCUCCAUGGAUCAGCUUGAUUAUCUUUUAUCCUGA